UUACUCUCGUCCAUUCGUUCUGCGUGCCUUCUCCCAUCUUUCUCUUUUUUCUCAUCCAGGAGUAGGGAACUGCCAUGGCCGGCGACAGUGCGAAAAGAUCUCCUCUCCUCUGUUUCUCUCACCUACAAGCUGCCAUGGCCGGCAGUGAUGUGGGGAUGGCUGGUGGCCAGAGAUGUUGUGGCCGUCAGCCACAUAUGUUGUGACCGACGGCCAUGGUUGCUCGGGUCUUUUUGGCCCCGGCGUGCCGCACGCGUCGACGACGACAAACACUACAGGUACUGCCGGCGAUGUUGAUAGUGGCCUCCGGUGCUGCAACCGGCGAUAUUUUUGCUGGCACCGGCUCUCUUUUUUUGCUACAACUGGUAAGAAAUUUUGCUGGAUUGGACGAGGUUUUUUGCGGUGAUCUUGGCGGCGAUGCAUGUUUUUGCUGGAACAGAUCAGUUUUUUGCUACUACCAGCAUGUGUUUUUGCUACAACGGGUGAUUUGUUUUGCUACGACCGGCGACAGCGGCACAUGUUUUUUUGCUGGAAUCGCCAUGGUAGCGGAAACCAACGACGGCGGCGAGACUAGGGCAAAGACGAUGGGGAAUGUUGCAACUACGGCGGCCCCGCGCUGGAACCGGCCGGUGGAGUGCCGCAAUCGUCAGAAAGGCAUAAGCUGGAAGCCAAUGGCGGUGCUUCAAUCUCGGCGGCCGCGUGCUUGGGCGGCAAGCUGGCACUGCGUUGGGGCACGGCAGAGCUGCAAUUCGAGCGCGGUGGGGUGAUGCUGACGGCGAGGCGGCAGACUGCAGAUAUACACCGCGGCGCUACAGAGGGGGGUCAACGAUUGUGUUCUAUCUAAGUUGAAAAACGAGCACGUUUGGUGAAGAAGGACGAAUCCAACGGUUAGAAGUGGGAAAAUCGUACGGACGCGCUGCGACCGGCCCAAAUUUAGGCCGGUCCGCCGGCGCCUAGCACUCGCCAUUUCCUAAACGGUGCCCGUAGCGCCCGUUUUAGGCUUAACGGUACAGGGCGCACACCCCUUUGACCGCACUGGGCCGGCCCACGUUACUUUUUUUAAAGACUGCAGAUAUACACCGCGGCGCUACAGACGGGGGUCAACGAUUGUGUUCUAUCUAAGUUGAAAAACGAGCACGUUUGGUGAAGAAGGACGAAUCCAACGGUUAGAAGUGGGAAAAUCGUACGGACGCGCUGCGACCGGCCCAAAUUUAGGCCGGUCCGCCGGCGCCUAGCACUCGCCAUUUCCUAAACGGUGCCCGUAGCGCCCGUUUUAGGCUUAACGGUACAGGGCGCACACCCCUUUGACCGCACUGGGCCGGCCCACGUUACUUUUUUUAAAGACUGCAGAUAUACACCGCGGCGCUACAGACGGGGGUCAACGAUUGUGUUCUAUCUAAGUUGAAAAACGAGCACGUUUGGUGAAGAAGGACGAAUCCAACGGUUAGAAGUGGGAAAAUCGUACGGACGCGCUGCGACCGGCCCAAAUUUAGGCCGGUCCGCCGGCGCCUAGCACUCGCCAUUUCCUAAACGGUGCCCGUAGCGCCCGUUUUAGGCUUAACGGUACAGGGCGCACACCCCUUUGACCGCACUGGGCCGGCCCACGUUACUUUUUUUAAAGACGCAAAAAACAGUGUCCACACGGUUACUCGAACUGGCGACCUCUUUGGUCAGAGUUCGUUGUCACAACCAACCAGCCAGCCUACUUGACGU